AUGUGUCAUGCGGAGGAUGAGUACAGCCUCCACACCAACAUGAAGCGGAAUCGCAUUCAAUUCGAUGCUAAUGGCGAGUCUGUUUCUCCUCCACAAUGUGCAUUCACACCAGAGGAUCGCCCUCACCAUGUCCCGAAGAUUUCGCGGCGGAUAAGAGCAUGUACCGAGUGUAAGCGGCAUAAGGUACGCUGUGACAUGAAGGCAAGUGACUCAGUGUGCUCCCGGUGCCAACGCAUGGGACUAGAGUGUAUUGUGAACAAAAGUCUUCAAACAUUACUCGAGGAUGAAGCCGAUUGGAAAUCAAUGAUCGAAUCAGCUAUGACAGACUUACUCAGAAAGUCACAACUACCGGAGCUAUCAUAUUAUCAGGGAGGAGGUGGUUCGAUCGAGACACCUUCGAACAAGCGAGCCCGGAAAGACUCCACCGUUUCGAUCGAUGAUAGUAGACCUGCGCAUUAUAAUAGAACCGAGUCGAUCGACGAUGCAUUAAGAAAUGGUACAUCUUCAAGGUCAAACUAUGGAUUCUCCCAACAGCAGCCACGAUAUGCCCUGGACCGCGAGGAAACUGGCGCAGCCUCACUGGUCACAGCCCCGAUGGGCAGUCUAUACGAGGUGACGCAGCUCAGUGAAAACCGCGAGAGCUCGCCUGGACAACAACUCGCUCCAGAUCAGGUAUUAGUCACUGAUCUCAUCUCGCGCGGAGUGGUCGACAUCCAGGAAGCGGAGGAGCUGUUUUUCCCAGUACUCAACCGCUACCUGUGGGAUGGAGCCUUGCUACCACACAAAGACUUGACAUCCGUCCGACGAUCAUCAUCAAUGCUCUGUGCUGCCAUCCUGGCCGUCACCGCGCUUCACAUGCCAACCAAGGAACGCGUGUUUGAUACAUGCUAUACCGAGUUCGCAAGAUUAGCCUCAGAGUCCAUGUUAGACCAUCAUCAUACUUUGGAUGAUAUCCGAGGACUGUGUAUUGGAGCCUUUUGGCUUGCAGAUGUUAGUUGGAAGCUCUCUGGCUAUGCAGUCCGUAUUGCAACGGAGCGCAAUCUCCAUCAGUUCUUUCGCAAGGCCACACAGGGAUCGCCAGAACACUUGGAGCAGGCGAGGCUGUGGUAUCUCCUCUAUACCUUGGAACAUCACUUCUCUAUUGCAUAUGGCCGACCGCCGAUGAUACACGAAGAUGCCAGUAUCACCCAACAUAAUAUCUUGACACAGGGUCCAUCUGUAUCACAAGGAGAUCUUCGACUCCACAGUCAGGUUGAUUUAUUCAUCAUUCUCACUCGUAUAUAUUUUUCAUUCGGCCCUGAUGUCGAUGUAGAGGUCCCCGAGAGCGAUUUCCCUAAGAUCGAUCAAUACGAUGUUGAUAUAGGGAAUUGGAAGUCAGCAUGGCUUCCAAGACUUGCGGGGAGCCGUUAUGUCGGCGCAUAUCCCUACAAGGCUGUAUAUAUGCACUAUCAUUUUUCUCGGCUCCAACUGAACUCAGUCGCCCUACGCACAUACCACUCAUCGACCUCCUCAGCAAAAAUGUCAUUCGAACGCAGGAAGCGUGCUAACCUAGCUGUUGAAUCAGCCAUUGCGACUCUCCAGGUUUGCCUGGACGAGCGAGAUAUCCAAUUGGCACUCGUCGGCGUCCCACUAUAUCUCCACAGCAUGAUUACUUUUGCAGCAGUCUUCCUGCUCAAAAUUGCCGCCAAGAUUUGCUCGAAUGGAGCCAUCCCCGGGAGCCAUGGCAAGCGAACCUCAAUUGCCUCGGCAGGACUCAAUGUUGACGUGAGCUAUGUGCGUGUUCUUGUCGGCCGGGUCGUGGAUCUCAUGGUAUCCUGUAGCCAGCGGGCGAGUGAACGUCAUCUAAGCCACCACAUCGCUCGGGGACUCCGCAAGAUGCUGACGGGGCUUGAGGAAUGGGAGAAGCGCACUACUGGUAGUCAACAAUCCAUGGGACCAAGUUCACAGGAACCUCUCUUCAAGCCAGUGGUGAUUCCAGGAGCCCAGACGCUGGGUGAACGUGACACGAUCUUGAAUCACCCGCCUCCAUUGCUUGGAGUGGCGCCGCUGUCCGCUGAACGCAGUAAUGGGUUCGAACCUCCCUUGACACCGGGAAAGCAGGAGACUGGUCUGUCUGAAGGCUCGAUUGAUCCUAUGAUGGCGGAUUUGUGGGGAUUUGACGAGGAUUAUUUCCCCACAGGAGUGUUUGACUUCCUUCAGAGUCAGAUGCCGGCGUGA